UAGAGAAGGCAGAGAUGAGAAGGCAGUAAAUUGCCAGCUGUAAAUUAAUUUCGUGACACAUGGGAAUGUCAGUGGAGAUGCAAUCACCGUUGCUUAAAACAAUUGCACAUUUCUCGAAGCCUACUGGGAAGAGGCAAUGCCAUGGUCAAGGUGCAAGUCAUUUGAAACUGAAGAGCCGCAUCGCUCCGACACCUUCCCACUCCUCCCUGUCCCUCCAUGAGGUAGCUGGCAAGCGAGCGCACUGCAAGGAGAGACAGCUGGGGCACCAGGAUGUGUGAACAGAGACAGAGGGGCUGAUAGAUUGAUUACAACUGAGAUAAGAGCCACAAACAGGCACGGCCACUGGAAGAAAGAGGUGGAAAAGGGGAAGACAAGUUGGAAUCCGACUUCACCUAUAGCUACCACUUCUGCUCGUUUCCAAGUAGCCUACUUCUGUAGAUGUUUUGUUUCCCAAGUGAGACCGAAGAGAACCAGGGAACCUCACUACACCCCCCGCCCAAGACGUGUUCUGUAUCUCUAGAGAGGGGAACACGACUGGGAAGAGGCAGAGCCUUUGCCCAGGUCCAGUGUAGAAGCAUGUCGGUGACCCCCCCCAACAGUAACGACGCCUGCCUCAGCAUCGUGCACAGCCUGAUGUGCCACCGGCAGGGCGGGGAGAACGAGGGCUUCGCCAAGCGCGCCAUCGAGAGCCUAGUGAAGAAGCUGAAGGAGAAGAAGGACGAGCUGGACUCGCUCAUCACCGCCAUCACCACCAACGGAGUGCACCCCAGCAAGUGCGUCACCAUCCAGAGGACGCUCGACGGCCGGCUGCAGGUUGCAGGGCGUAAGGGCUUCCCCCACGUCAUCUACGCCCGACUCUGGCGAUGGCCAGACCUGCACAAGAACGAGCUGAAGCACGUCAAGUUCUGCCAGUUCGCCUUUGACCUCAAGUACGACAGCGUCUGCGUCAACCCCUAUCACUACGACAGAGUGUCCCCUGGCAUCGGCGCCCCCUCACCUCCACUGCCGCUGAUGCACCCAGGCCAGCAGAUCAAAGAAGAGUUCAUUCACGACUGCAUUCAGAUGGACAUCCUCCCCAGGAUGGCAGCCCACCCGGACCACCACCUGAAGCUGCACCCUCCCAAAUGCUACAGCCAGCCCCUCCCACCCCUGCAGCUGCCCCCAGAGCCACCCCACACCCCCACGCCUGUCACCCUCUACCCCAGCAUGCCCUGCUCGCCGCCUGUCAGCAGCUCCAUGUUGUCUCUGCAGGGAAGAUACAGCGAGGGUCUUCUGCAGAUUGCCUCCCCCCUGGCCCCUUCGCCGCCCCCCUCCACCCUCCCUCACGGCCCCCCCCAGCACCCUCCUCCCUCCAAAAACGUCUACAGCAGCUCCAAGCACAAGCAGGCACAAGGGACCUUCCACACUACCUGGACAGGCAGCAGCACAGCCGCCUACACCCCCGUGGGACCCCAGCAGAAUGGGAGGAGCCACCAGCAACCUCCACUUCACCACCCCUCCCACUUCUGGUCUCAGCAUCAUAGCUCCACCCCCUUCCCUCCACCUGUCUCCAGUCAUCCAGGCCCUGAGUUCUGGUGCUCCAUCUCGUACUUUGAGAUGGACGUGCAGGUGGGGGAGAUGUUCAAGGUCCCGGCCAGCUGCCCACUGGUGACGGUGGACGGGUAUGUGGACCCCUCAGGGGGCGACCGCUUCUGCCUGGGCCAGCUCAGCAACGUGCACCGCACCGACGCCAGCGACAGGGCCAGGCUGCACAUUGGGCGGGGUGUGCAGCUGGAGUGUCGGGGCGAGGGCGAUGUGUGGAUGCGUUGCCUUAGCGACCACGCCAUCUUUGUGCAGAGCUACUACCUGGACCGUGAGGCUGGGAGGGCGCCAGGGGAUGCUGUGCACAAGAUCUACCCCGGGGCCUACAUCAAGGUGUUCGACCUGCGCCAGUGCCACAGGCAGAUGCAGCAGCAGGCUGCCACGGCCCAGGCAGCUUCAGCGGCGCAGGCGGCCGCCGUGGCGGGCAACAUUCCGGGCCCGGGGAGCGUGGGGGGCAUCGCUCCCGCCGUCAGUCUGUCAGCAGCAGCAGGGAUCGGUGUGGAUGACCUGCGGAGGCUGUGCAUUCUCAGACUGAGUUUUGUGAAGGGCUGGGGGCCGGACUACCCCCGGCAGAGCAUCAAGCACACCCCCUGCUGGGUGGAGGUGCACCUGCACCGGGCCCUGCAGCUGCUGGACGAGGUGCUGCACUCCAUGCCACUGGCCGACCCCGGCCCCGCUAACUAAACCCCACUGGAGAGGCGCUGAUGCUGGAUGAGCUCAUAACGAUAGUCAUGACUGAACUGUGAUUCAUAUUCACACUGCACACUACCAAGCAGCUCAACUCCAGACGUCAGUGGAUCAGAACCGUCCCUUCACAUGGAAUAGACCAUUUAUGUGCACCAACUCAGAAGUGAAGAACAGGGAUCAGACACUGGUUUGUAAUGCCAAACCCUGAUGGAGAAACGCACAGCUACUCAGAGCAGCAUUUAAAACCCUCAUGGUCGAUUGCAUUUAAAAACCCUCAUAGUUGAUUUCCUCUAAAAGCGCCUCUAAAAGUUUUCCUGGUGUCUUUGAUACACAUCAUGUAAGUGUUCAGGUUGUCUGUCCCCCUCAUGUUAAAUGCUCUGCUCAGAAAGAGUGAAAGCAACCAAAAAUAAAAAGCCAAAUAAAUAGCUUUAAAAUAUCAGUAUGGAUGUUACAUGACAUGAAAUAUACAUUUGCAGUAUGGCUCCUUUAAGAAAAACUGGCAGUAAUUAAAUGGGUCUUAUGUAAUACUGGGGGGUUUAUAAAUGUCAAGAUUGAACACAACAUUCUUAAGUGCCAUCAUACCAAAUGAGCCAUAGUCUGAGUUGUACUGACCACCAUUUUAGCAAACCAUUUGCGAUUUGUAUGGACAAUGACCUUUAGCUUCCUUAGAUCCAUGGUUACACAGCUAGAAGGUGGGAUUCCUUCUUUUGCAGUCAUCUUUGUCUAUUUCAUGAACCCAUUAAUUUUAGAGUGUUGGAAAGUAAUGUUUUGCUCUGGCAGAGGUCCAGAGUUCCCUUGUCUUAAACCAAAACUGUGUCAUUUGUGCAUUACAGCAUCUAAUAUUAGGGCUGCUCCUUUACCAAUUCUUGUUCUUGCUUCCAGCACCACCUAUGCUGCUAGCAUAAAAGUGACUUAGUGAUAAAUGAAGUGAAAUUGUCACCCUUAACUAAAGAGCAGGGGCAAUAAAAUAUAAUAUUUUGUGUUUAAACCAGGAGGAUGCAGAGUCAGGUCUUUUGACUUUGCUGUGUUAUUACAUUUUAAUGUAUAAUGUAUAUGUAUUUGCCAUCAGAGUUAUAUGUCCUCAGAAAUUGAAUUGGGGCCUCAGUGGUUAGCUGGGGGAACUGCAUAUGGUCUCGGGUCAGAGUUGCCUUUCAGACUGCAGGAGACUUGUUAGCGGUUCUCCCUGAAACAGAUGAGUGCCUUUCAUUGCAGUUCAAACUUCAAAUAGUAAAAAUACAUUGUUUUAAAGCAUUGCACUGGAUGUCAGUCUGUGGUAUCAUAACCUACUACAUGCACUUACUUUCUGUGGAGAGAAUGAAAAUAUACAGUAUACUUGCGUAUGUCUGCAAACAUAUUUUGACCAAUAAGUCCGCACAGGGCUGACACCUAGUGAUCCUGUUAGGUACUACAUGCCGACACAGUUUCGUAUUUUUGUAGAAACAAUGUUUUAUUUAAAUGUGAGAAUUUAAAAGUGGUACAUUGUGACACAGCAUGUGUUAAUAUUUCCAUUUGGAUGACAACCCAUGGUUUGGUGAUUAGAAAAUGGGGUGUGGUUCUCUUGAUCCUUAUCACAGUAUUAUUAAUCAGUUGAUACCCAAGUAUAAUUUGCUAUACUGCAAUACAUAGUGAACUCAAUAUAUACAUUUUUGUUCAUUAUGGAAUACAACCAUGUUGUAUGAUAUUUAUAAACUAUACAGUUCUCUGGUAUUAUGAACCAUAUUAUUAUACUGUAUAUAGCAAUAUAUAUAUAAUAAUGAAAUAUAGAUAGCUAUGCCACAAUUAAUCAGCACAGAUUCUGUUAAUAUUCUUUUCUUAAGUAUACAUAUAUUCUAUAACUCAUGUAAUAUAAAUAUAUAGUUUUGUAAUACUGACUGAGAAGUUUGUUGAAAGACUUGUAUGUUGUAUGUAUGUUGAUAAACAGCCAUUUCACUGAAAUGCUUUAAAGUGAUGUUUCACAUUCUGGGAUUUAAAAAAAAACUAUUUUGGUUUUUGUCUUUAGUUUUAGAAGAAUGAGUAUAUUUGCAGAUAUUUCUGAUAACCUGCCUGCUUCAUCCUACAAUAGCCGUUGUGGGACAUUUGUGGUUGGCGGUCUGGAGUUAGGUGAAGUGUGCUUUCUUGCUUUAAUACAGGUACAGCAAUGUUAUGCUUCCUGAGGUUGUACCUCAAUGUGAAUAUUGCCUGAUUAUUCUUCAAAGGUAAUGUUUAAUGCCAAAUUUGAUCGAAACUGUGUCCUAGACCACAUGACUGUUCAAAGUGGAGUAAAGUGAAUUGUCUUGCUCUAAACCUCUAACCGGGGAUGCCUCCAUACCAGCCAAUGUAAACUGACAGGUUGACAGAAUUUUCUGUAAAAAUAUAAAAUAUAUUUCUUUGCAAAUACAAACUGGCUGGACCAAAACAUAAAUUAAAGCUAAUAUGAAAGAAAAAAAAGGAAACUGAUAAUGGUGCAAUGCCCAAGUGGAAUGUUUCAUUCUAUCUCAUAUUUCUCCUAUUUCUGUUUUUCUUUAUUUUUACAGUGAUGUUAUAUAAUGUGAAUUUACUCUAUACACCUAUUUUAAAUUAUUCUUGGUUUCUGUUGAUUUCUUGUUCUAAUUAUUAUAUUAUAUUUUCAUUAUUAUAAAAUUAGAAGCAUUUGUUAUUAACUCUAUAAGACAUUAAUUAUACAAAUAAAGUUGUUUUCAUAUAA